UUGAUCUUUGAGCGUAGAGUGACUUUCACUUUCCCCAGAAUUCAUAAGUAGCUCGUGAGUAAAAAUUACAGCACAGAGUGCAACUGCAUUUCUUUGGUGAAUACAAACGAAACAUAUUUCAGUGAUUUCAAGAAAACAAAAAUGAGUAACAACCAACAGCCCGUUCCAUCUUCAGAAACCUGUGACAAAAUUAAAGCAGAAAAUGAUGCUUUAAAUAAAGAAAACGAAGCACUCCAGAAGGAGCUCCAACGCCUGCAGGAAACAUCCAGACAUCAAACGGUGUUAGAGAAAAACUACGAGGAGCUAACAAAGAUAAAUGAAGAACUCAAGGAAAAGAAUACAUUAAUGAAAAAAGAAGUCCAGAGACUCAAGGAUGAUCGUGAGGAAAUCGCAACUUUACUGGCUGAAUGUUAUGAGGCUGAAAAAGAAGCCAACAGAGACAUUCAACAAGAGAAUGAGAAGUUGCAGAAAGAGAUUCAGGAGCUUCAGCAAGCUCUUGCAGAAGUAAAACCUUUAGUCAAUGAAAUGGACGUUGAUGCCAUGCUAGAGCCUCUGACGUCUCAAAAUUGGAUUUUGCGCCAGGAGCGGCAAAGUCUCUUUGAACAAUAUUUUAACUCUCAGAAUCCAGAAAAACUGGAGAGGCUGAGGAACUUAAAAGAAGAAAAUGCCGACUUGGAAGCUCAAAUCAAUGACAUUAGGAACAAUGUCCAAAUGAGAAGAGCUUUGGAAGAGCUUAAAGCUGAGGAGAAAGCUCUGCAAAAACACAGCAGAAAACUUUUGAUAAAACAAGCUGGUGUCUCCAAGCAGGUUGAAAUUGAAGAAGACUGGAGACAAAAAUAUUUUGUGCUGAAGCAUCAGACAGAUGCCUUAAAGCAGAGAAAUGAAAAAGCAGCUCAACAAAUUCAGAUCCUCAAUAAUAAUUUAGAGGAGUUAGCUGCUGUUAAGAUGUGUUAUAAGACUCUGAAAGCAGAGAAAAAAUACGUGACGAGUCAAAAUACGACUGUGGAGAGGGAGCUUGCGGAGCUACGGAUAGAGCUCCAAAAAGAACAAAUUUUGCGGCAAAAAAAUAAGCAUCUCACAGCUGAGAUUGAAUUCCUCAGCCUGACAGCUUCUGCACUGCAAGCUGAAAUCACAGAGCUGCGCAAAGGCCUCCAAGGCGAAAGCGUUCUUAGGCUAAUGUAUGAGUCAUUGAAGGCUGAAAAAAAGGCCAUUAGUCAGCGCAGUAACCGCAUGCAAAAAGAACGGGAAACGCUGAUAAAGAAAAUGAUGAAAUAAAACGCUCUCAAGGAGAAAUGUGCAGCAAUGAGAGCUGAGAAAGACCUCCUGUGCAUAUGAGGUGAUCAAUAACAGAGGCACGGCGCUGAUUAGGCGCCCCUGUGCUCCUUCACCUCCCCUCCUCCUGUCGCCGCCCUACCACCACACACACACACACACACACACACACACACACACACACACAAAAGAUGCUCCAGCGCACGCUUUCGAGAACGCGCUCGAUAGCGGGAGAAGAUGGAUAAAAAUGUUGGGAUGAAAAAAAGCUUUUCAAAGUGGACACAUAUCGGAAACCUGACAGAUCCGUAAAUACUAUUUGAUCUUUUACUUAAUUCUUUUUCAAAUGUUUCUUGGAAAAUAGUGUUGUGUACACCUAUAUUAUUGCAUGUAUAAUUUACAUGAGUAUGUGUUUUAAAAUUGCAAGACAUGGGCAAGCCACCAAACAAAGUGGCUUGAGUCUUUUAUCAAGCACAAUGACCAUGUCAAUCCAGGGUUGUACGCUUACUUUAUCAGGUGGCCGCGCUGGUACUACCAAGCUAAAUUUUUCAGUAGCACAAAAAUAAUUUACUAGCACAUUUUUUAUUGGUUGAAAACAUUUAAUACUGUUCAAAAAUGCAUUUAUCUAGGUUGACAACUGGUUCUUUAAUUAAACAACAUUCUCACAUGAAAGAACCCUCACAAAUAAUGUAAUGAACAAAUUAUUAACAGUUAUUAAACUAUGUCUAUUCAGUUUGAAACUCUUUGAAACAGACUGUU